AAUAGCAGAUGCGCAUGCGUCAAUUAACAAUCACAACUUCCAAUACGGCGGCCUUCUGUUAUAAUUACUUCGUGGAGUUAUUUUGUGCACGUUUUCAGCAAUAAUAGGGUAGCACCAUGAUGAAUGCACAGCCAAUGAUGAUGCAGCCGGGAAUGCAACCAGCUCCAGGUGGAGGAGUUCAAUGGAUGCCCCAGCCUGCAGUCCCUCAGGGCUGUCCCCCCGGACUGGAGUAUCUGAGCAUGAUAGACCAGCUUCUAGUGCACCAGCAGGUGGAGAUACUAGAGGCCUUCACUGAUUAUGAAACCAACAACAAAUACGAAAUCAAGAACAGCAUGGGGCAGAGGGUGUAUUUCGCCGCUGAAGACACGUGUUGCUGUACGCGUAACUGCUGUGGUAAAGAGAGGCCGUUUGACAUCCAGAUUAUGACCCCCCAAGGUCAUGAGGUCAUUCACCUGUCACGCCCACUUCGCUGUGAUACUUGCUGGUUCCCCUGUUGUUUACAGAAAGUGACAGUAGAGGCUCCAGUAGGCCAAGUCAUAGGCUAUGUCAAACAGUCCUGGAGUGUCUGCGUGCCAAAAUUCGCCAUUUGCAACGCGGAGGGCGACACCGUGUUGAGAAUUGAGGGCCCAUGCGUCCCUUGCAGCGCCUGUGGUGACGUCAUUUUUGACGUAAAAUCCGCGGAUGGUGAACACCAGGUUGGCCAGGUCUCCAAGCAAUGGUCGGGACUCGUUAAGGAGUUGUUUACAGACGCUGAUAAUUUUGGUGUUUCAUUCCCCAUGGACCUGGACGUCAAGAUGAAAGCAUGCAUGCUGGGAGCUGUGUUCCUCAUUGAUUUCAUGUUCUUUGAAAAGGAGAAAAAUGAGGAGAAUACACAAAUCGGCAUGAUGUAAGCAGCCUGUCAAGAACCAAAUGUUGGCAUGAUGCAAACAGCCUGGUUAUUGCCAAGUCUUCAAGAUAUAUUUUGAGAGCCAGUGUGACUUAAAAGUUUUCAAUUUUUAAACUGAAAUUUCUUUUGUAAAUAGUGUUAAAUAUUUUAAUAUGAAUUAUGAUUUCUAUCUAUCGGACACAGUCCAAAUGAACUGUUUUUAAAAAUCAUGUAUAUAUUUUUAUAUACGCAAUAUUUUAACCGGUUACGGAGUUUUUUAUAUAGAAUUACAGACAUAGGACAAGGUUGAAAUGUUAUUUGAUAACGUCUGAAAAGUAAAAUUAACCGGGGCACAUCUUCAGGAGGUUUGCAAAAACAACACAUUGUUCAAAAGCAAAUGAAUAUUAUUGGUACAUAUGCAUUUCAUAUUUUGAGUGUAAAUGUCCCCCAGGCAACACUGAAGUUGCAACAUCGACGUCAUCCGGCACUGUCGCGCAGUCUUAUUUAAAUAAACAAUAUAAACAGCACAGAAUCGUUCCCUCUUCUUUAAUUGGUGAACAAUAACGUCGUUGACGACGCUCGCCAAUAAUAUGUUCAAGGAUGACAUCAUUGGCCAAAAUUAUGUUUUAUCCUUAUUUGUUAUGGAUAUAGAAUUAUAAUAAGUAUCAUGCUAAUAUAUGAUAGUGUUUACAUAAUGCAAGGAGUGCAUGCAAACAUGCUGUUUACUCGUAUUAUUGGUAAAUACAUUAUAUUACCACAGGGCUAUGAAUAUCCCAUUUCCUCUCUAUUUUUUACAAACAUUGAGUUUACAUGGUUAAAAAAAUAAUUUUAUGAUGUCACUUCGUCCAAACGUUUUGCAGAUCAACUACAUGGCAAAUGCUUGAAGAAUAACAGCGAAGUCGUACACAUUGUAUCAUAAGCAAUCCUGAAAGAGAGGGAUGAAAGAGAUAAAAGAAAGAAAUAUCCCUCGAGUUUUGUCAAUGGAGCGACACCCUAUUGUAUAUAUAGGCCAAUAUUAUGAUAAUACUAAUGCGACUGUUGCAGUUGGAUUGUAUAAUAAGCCUGC